AAACUUGGUAUAACUUGAUAACUUCCAAUUGUCAUCCCAAUGAUACCUUUGUGCCGUGAACAUAACAAAACAUGCCGUGUCAAGGUUAACUAUCAUUGGCGUGUAUACAAUGAGGAUAUCAACAAGAAUGCUGUAUUGGAACUCUCAUGUCAAUGUCAAGUCCUCGAUCAACUCAGAAAAACGUUCGUCGAGUUGGGAUCUUCCACCAUCCAUUCGGCUGCUGAUUUUGAGUUUAGCUGCAUUACCAAGGAUGGCCCUGUAGUUCUGUCCAGUGGCUAUGAGAUCUACAACAACAUUCGCCCGGAAUUGAGCUUUUAUCAUUCUCAACUUCCUCAGCUAUUUCUUCAUGUCAGAAUCUUGGAUGUCUCGGUAAUUGCCAAGUUGGAUGAUUUGGGUCGGACUGUGAAUGAAUGUAAGGCAACGAUGAAAUCUGACAAGGCAUGGAGAGUUAUGAAGGAUACUGAGAUUGCUGAAGGACAACUCUCACUUCAAGAGCUUCUAGACAAGCAACAACUGGAAAUCAAAUCUCUUCAAAAGGAUAUUUCCGAAAUGAAGCUUGAGAAUCAGUGUCGCAAAAAAGAAGACAAAAACUCCUUCAAAAACAAGGAAGUUCACGAGGCUUCAUGUGAUAAGUGCCAAGAUUUGAUUAUUGGGCAUCGAUUCAAGUGUGCUAUAUGCUACAACUACGAUUUGUGCGAAACAUGUGAAGCUGCCGGAGUUCAUGCUCAGCAUGCAUUGAUUCGAUUGGUGUCAGAAAAUACUUUGUUCCCCGAACAUUUGAUUGUCAAAAACCCAGAGGAGGUAAAAGAUCAAAACGGUCAAGUUCAAGCAAUUGCUUCUUCUCGUGACAGAGCUAUCCAGGUUCCUUUGAGGAGAUUGGGCAUAACCCCUCAAGCCAUCGCAACAAAGAACAAUGUCUCGAGAUAUUUGAAUGCACAAAGUGAUCGAAACAUUAUUGAGGACCCAUGGUAUGCUCAGCACAUGUCUAGCAGGAAACCGCAAACUUAUGAAAGAAUGCAUCCAAAACUGAAAGAUACAACUGAUGGUAAAAAAGUUCAAAAAGUUUCUUUCCGCGAUCGCUUUUACAAGAAAGCAGAAUCUAGCCUCGAUAAACACGAAAAGCAACUUCGAUUCGAUCUUUCGGCUUCACGUCAAGAAUUCAUCAGAGAAAAGGAAAAGUUCAGAGUUGAAAAGGAAACGCUCAUGAAACAAAAGGAACAAAUUGAAGAGAUGAUGAAGCAAGAAACUAUAAACUUCGAAACGAAUAGGGCUUUCUUUUCGGAUCGUUUUGAACCGAUUUUUAAUAAAGUCAAAGAUGGAAAGAAAAGCGAAGAUGAUACUACAAGAAAAGUCGAAUUUGAAGUUGAAACUGCUGAGAGCAACUAUCCCGGAUCUAUUUUUUCGGAUGAAGAUUCUUUGAGUGAUCUUGCUGAAAUUCUCAAAGACAUUGAAGAAUAUGAGUGUUCGUCUGAGAGCUCUGAUGACCAAGAGAAAGACGAUUUUGAUGUCGUUGAGGAAGAGGCUAAACAAUCUUAAACGUAUUGUUGAAUAUAACAAAAACAGAGGAUUCAACUUCCAUCUUGUACUCUCAACCAGCACUGUAAUUCCAAUUCAAAAGGACUUUCCAAACGAUAAUAUGCAUUUCAAUAUUCUCAUGAAUCCUCCAAAUAUUUAAAAAAUUGUUCAAAUUGUUCAUAACAACUUUCUUAUCAAAUCAGAAAACUCAGACUGUUUUGCAGAAUUGCAAAAAUUCAAAUAUCUAAAUUUUUCCAUUGUACUGUCUUAUCUUUAUUUUUUUAUUUUUUCUGAAGUCUAAAAUUGUAAUUUUCCAAUUUUGUGAAUCUUUUCAUUUCGCAUUAAUAAAAUAAAUUGAAAAUCAG